AUGAGCUCCUUGUUGGUGGGCUCAUUUCUCGCAGGAUACAGAGGCAUUGUUUCUGCGACUUCGAACCGAUCUAGAAGAAGCUUCGCACGCCGAAAGUCCCAGGUGGCUGACCUAGAGCUUCAAGUGGUGGCGGGGCCUGCGGUGGUGGUGACGAACCCGGAAGUCCUCCUCUCAGAGCCCAGGAAAGAGGUGGUGAACCGAAAGCAAGGGAUGAUCAAGAAAGAGGUCUUCGAUCACGUCGGGGCUGCUUUCUGGGAGGCAGCUGAGCGCAAAGAACCUCUGGGCAGCGUGGUGUUUGCAUCUCUUGUUCGCCGUGGGCUGACCGAUGUCCCUCUCUCCUGGACACGGUCACAAGCCGAUGUGCACGACAAGUCACUGCUGCAUCGCAUCCCGGACCUCCACGGCCUCCAUGGAGGCAAGGAUGCUGUGGCCUCGGAGCGCGCUUGCCGCGCGCUCGGCACUUUGGUGACCCCGGCCAGGGAUGCUUCCACAAACGAGGAGCCUUUGCUGGACAAGGCUGCUCUGACGUGGAAGGUGUGGCGGCACCGGGAGCGGCGUGUACCUAGCGACGAGGACUGGCAGCAGAGCAAGGAGUACGUUGACGCGGUGAAGCAUGGAGCUGAGGUGAUGCAGCAGCCUCAAAGCAUGCGAGAGAUGGCAGCCCUACACUUCCAAGGCCACACGGAAGCGAAGUUGGUUCGGAACAAGACAACAGCAGAAAGCUACUGGACCCGAGCCGCCAAGGAGGGCGAUGUGUGGUCAGCCUGGCAUGCAGCCCUCAGUUACCUCCGCGAUGACAAGGUCGAGAUGGCUGCACCUUUCCUGGACAUGGUGGGCAACUCCUCUGCAGCCCCCUUGGCUUUCAUGGCGCUCCACUUCAAGUUCCGACUGGGCAUCGGCCAGAGCAAGGAUCCGCUUCAGGCAGGGCAGUUUCUCAAGGCAGCCGCAGAUUUCGGGAACUCCAACGCGCAGCUGAUCCUGGCGCACAGCUACAUGGGCUACUCCCACGGAAACAUGGAGGGGGUGGUCCCUCCAGGUGGCCCAGACAAGGCUGCAGCCCUGGUAUACUAUAAGUUGGCUGCUUCAAACGGCCGCCUCGUGCCCAAGCUCAAUGCAGGUUUGUUGAUCGCCCAGGGUGCAGAUCCUUCCAUUCCCGAAAGGAACACUCAAUGUGGAGUCGCAUAUCGCGAGCUGGCCGAGGUGAUCCAUGCCGCUCAUCCCAGCGCACACUUGCUGUUUGCCCACGCUCGUCGUGCUUAUGUUCUUGGAGACCUCCUCGGUGCCCGUCUGCGUUUUGCCCUCCUCAGUGAUGCUGGAUUUGUGAUGGCGCAUUUGAACGUGGCAUGGCUUUGGGAUCAGACAUCUCGCAAACACGCAUCGUUUUGGGGACGAUGGAGUCAAAGCCAAGUCUCGUCGCUGGCUUCAGCGCCUUCUGCCCUCACUUACUAUCGGCGUGCCGCAGCCGCAGGACACGCGCCGUCCAUGACCGAGCUGUCCGUCCGGCUGCUGAAGCAGGCCGACCUGCUUCUUGCGCGUGGGAUGGACAAAAACACGGCCUUUAGUGUAGCAGAGCUUGAGGCAGAAGCAUUUCGCUGGACGGCACUGGCCGCAGAGCGGGGCGAUGCACGUGCAAUUUUCGACCAAGCGUAUUUGCUUCAGUUCGGCAUCGGCACACGCCAGGACCAGGAGCUUUCGCAGAAGCUUUACGGCAAGCUGUUGGGAGGGAGCAACGGCUGGCCAGCGCGGGUAGCAGCGUUGAGUUGGCUGGGGCUCUCGGCUGCCCGCAGCUAUUUCCUGAGAGCCUGGGACGGUUUCCGGCGUCUCUUGGAGUCUGCACAGCCUUGGGAGCAGGUCUCGGAGGGCAGUGAUCGCCAUCGCCCAGCCAGGGAACGGGAAAGCCCGUCAGUCAGCUCUCAGCUUUUGGCGGCUUGCAACUUACACUCCGGAGGUUACGUUGCCUCCGGUCGCCUCGUGUUCUGGAGAUGUACCGAGAAGAAAGAGGGCGAGGAAGGCGAUGGGGCCAAAGAGGGUGAAGGUGAGGAGGACGCCGAGAAGGUGGAGGUGGAAGGAGAGGAGGAAGCCGGGGAAGCCGAGAAAGCCGAGGAGGAAGCGGCUGCAGAGGGAGAUGGCGAGGAGGACGAGAACGGAGAAGGAGAUGCCGAGGAGGGCGAAGGAGAAGCAGAAGAGGCAAAGGAAGAGAAGCCAGGCGAGGAAGACGGCGAAGAGAAGGCGGACGGAGAAGAGGGAGAGGAGGAAGGUGAGAAGGAGGACGAAGGCGAAGACGGCGGGGAGGAUGACAAGGACGAAGAGGAAGAGUUCAGUGAGGAGGGUCAGUGGAAAUAUGGCGAGUCCUUCGGCGCUGCCUGGAAGGAGGGCGACGUCAUCGGCGUCCUCUUUGAUGCCAAGGAUGGAACUGCCAACCUCUCCUUCUCCCUGAACGGAUCCUUGGCGGCGCCGAUGGGGCAGGCUUUUACCAUCGACCUCGCAGAGGACAUGACGCUGGCCAUGGUGUUGGCUUCAGGCGAUGAAGGAGAGAUCAACGUGAACUUAGGGCAGCGGCUCUUUCAGACAUGCCCAUCGGUGGAGGGGGAGGAGGAGCCUCGAGCUGUGCGUGGUCUUGGCGAGGCAAUGCGCAUGCGGCCUGCCUGGAAAGUCCAGCUGCCCAAAGGCGUCAAGGCCUGGCCAGUCUUCGAAGAGCCUUCGCGCACCUCCAAGGGCCGAAAGCCGCUGGAGGACAAGGUGGAGGUCGACCAGCUGCAUUCCACAGAAGACAACUGGGUUCAGAUCAUGGAAGGUUGGGUGCAGACGCGGAUGCUGGUUGCGGGCACAGAGUAUGAAGCUCUGAAGCUGCGGCCUCUGUGGAGCCCGGUGGAUCCUCCGCGAAAGAAGAAAGAAGCCAGGAAGAAGCGCCAGCAAACAAUUUUCGCCACCUUCGACACAGAGUUCGGAUCAAAGCCCGGCUAUCCGAAGCCGAGCCUCCGCGACCGUUUGCAGAAAGAGGCCGGCUGGUCCUUCGUUCGGCUGACUCCCGAGGAAGUGCGCAAGGGUGCGUUGCUGACGAGCUCUUAUGACGUCUUCAUUGUUCCCGGUGGAUAUGCACCGAACUUUGCUGCAGCAUUGGGCGAUCUCGGUGGCGAACGCAUUCGAGACUUCGUCAAGGCUGGCGGUGGCUACGUCGGUAUUUGCGCCGGGGCAUACCUCGGCACCUCCUGGGGCUACGACCUCCUUCCCGUGAAUGUUCUGGACAUUGACCACUGGGAUCGUGGCAAGACUGAUGCUUGCGAGCUGAGCGCAACUGAUGCUGGAAGGCGAAUUGCUGGCAAAACCCUGCCAGCGACAUUUGCCGUACGCUAUGCCAACGGCCCACUUCUGGAGAUCCUGGACUCCUGUGUGGAGUCCUUUGUCGAUUUUCAGUCGCAGCUUCGAGGGAAGCGGGGUACGUAUCCACCGUUGAUGAAGGGCUCUCCGGCUCUUCUCGGAGGGCCUCUCGGUAAAGGCCGAGUGCUCUUGGUCUCACCGCACAUCGAAGGCACCAAGGAGCUGGGCGACUGCUUCCGCAGCUUCGUGCGCUGGACGGCCGAAGCCCAGCCGGACCCAACCGCCACGACAAAGCCAGCGGCACCAGCGGUGCCAGAUGCGAGUGCUACACAGCCCAGCGUGCCUCUAGCGGCAGCGGCCAUGCCCAAGGCAGCGCCAAAGGCAACGGAGGCAGAGAUUGUCGAAAUUUUCCGGAAGUUCGACCUGAACGGAGAUGGCCUGCUGGAUGCAUCGGAGCUAGAAGCGCUGCUCAGUAGCCUGGAUGAGGGGGCGGAUCUUGGUCGUGGAUUGGUAGAGCUCAUCGCAAAGAUGAGGCUCCACGAGAGCAAAGGCAUCCCGUACGAGGAGUUAGUUGCUUGGGUCUUUGGAGCACCGUGCUCCUUCGACCGUCCCGAUGUCGAGACCGAUGGGGAGGAAGAUGCCAUCAUGGACAAGAUGUCCAUGGUGCGAAUGCAAUGCCUGGCUCAGUUCCACAGCGCGGAUGAGACUGGAGCCGAGCCUGGACCACCACAGCUGACACGGACUUGCAGUGACUGUUGCGGAGGAAAGCAGCAGGUUGUGUCCAACGAGCGCUUGGAGGCCUCCGUCGUUACCAUCCAACGAGCAGCCCGUGCGCGGACGAUGAGCAGAGGUGCAGAAGACAUCGGCCAGACCACGUCUCAAGCGGCUGAAAAGACGGAGACCCCGGAAGCCACGGCCAAGCCCAAGGCAGUUCCCAAAGCAACUCCGAAAGCUCCACCUCCUAAAGCUCCUCCUACACCUUCGGGGCCCAUUCUGAAAAAGGGUGGCCUCGACUACAUUUGUUGCCUCGGUGGCCCGGUACUGAUCACCGCACCUCAUUCAAUCAAGAUCGUCCGUGGCGGCGGUGACACCCAGGAGCGAACUCGCAACCACAAGCGUGAGCGCUGGACGGCAGAGAUAUCCAUGAUCGUGGCACGAGAGCUGUGUCGGGCUGGCUUGCCGGCGUCCGUGAUGGUCUGGAAUCGUGCGGCGGGCCCCGGCCACGGGCGACUGGAUCCCAACUACCUUCUGGCCUCACAAUUCCGACUGUCGCCCUGGCAUCGGGCACUGCACCGCUGGGCCACUACUGUAGGGGGCGGCGGGCCAGGCUCAGGGGCGGGCAUCCCUUUGCUGCACGUGGAUCUGCAUGGGAAAGUCUCGGAGAAGCUGCACCUGGAUUUGGGUGCGGCGCCCCUGGAGGAGGUGUGGCCUGCCUCGGACCAAAGCUUCGUGAGGGCCCUGAAAUACAACUUCUGUGCCAAGCUGGACAAAGUGCUGGCUGACUGCCGUGUACUGUCCUUGAAGGGGAAGCAGAUCAAAGUAGAUGCGGACCCCUGUUUGCACGGCUUCUGGGGAGAAGACACCGUGACCACCAUCUCCCACCAGUCGGUUCUUCUCGGCAUCCCUGCAGUUCAGUUUGAGAUGCCGCCGCGACUGAGAGAGCAACUGGUCAGGGACUCGGAGCUCGGUCGGCGCUUUGCCGACGCCAUCGCAGAGAUUUACCGAGACGUGGUUACACCUUGGUGGGCUGCUCGAAACGCCUCCCUUUCUGCUUGGCCUCGGAUGUACCCUAUCGACCCGGCUUUGGCUGAGGAUGUGGAGGAGACUCCACCACGUGGAGGCAUGGAGCAGUUUGAGCCCUGGGCCAACCAAAUGGUCGACGAGUUCCUCCAGAUGGUGCCGAGGUUCUGCGAGACUCGCAACUGGCAGUUCACAGGCUCAGAUCAGGCCGUUGCACAGGGGGGGCCAGACCUGCUGGUCAGCGCAGAGGCGGCCAGUGCUGGACUUUUGCGCUGGCUGCUGAAGAUUGAGGAGGGCAACGAUGCCGUCGAGGUCGGUGUUGUGCCCGUCAGUGAGGUGGAGGAGCCGGGAUACUUGUUCAACACCGGACAGUGUGGCCUGAAAUCCGAGAAUGUCAGUGGCGGAGAAAGUGGAGGCGAGCAGAAGCCAACUUGGCCCAUCUACCAAAAGUUCGUUGAGAUCAUCUGUGACGUUGACCGCAAGAAGGUGUCCUUCCACGUGGGGAGCAAGAAGGACAACCUGCAGGAGGUGAAGACCUUGGAGCUGCCCUACGACGAGGAGGUCAAGCUGGCAAUCACGGGCUGGAGCGGAACGCGUGUCCGCUUAGAGCCGCCGUCGAAGUGGAUGGGAGGUGAAGAGUCGGACUCCGACUCGGACUCCAACGCCGAGGAGGAUGAGCAGUUCUCCAACACCUGCGGAAACGUGGUGCAGCCAUCGACGUGGCAUGUGGCCACGAUCUGCGUCGAUUUGGAGAAGCGGCAGGAGAUGCAGAUCAUCUUGGAUGGUGAGCACCACCUCGUUGCCAGAGAUCCGAGCCUUUUCGCGCCUGAAGGCCUCUUCAGCAUCGAUCCCACUGAAGGCGUGGUGCUCUUCGGGCGUCGGAGGGCGGGAAAGCUGGUCGAGCGGGAGUGGAGGCUUGGUGGCCACCUGCGGCAGAUGCGGAUGGAGUCGAAGUUUCUGUCGGUGGCGGAGGUUUGGGGACAGCAACUACCAAAGGGAGUCUGGGGCUGCCGGACGUGUGGUGCUAGAAGCCCUGCAGACGUCCGAAUCUGCUGGAGCUGCCACACAGCCCGGCAGAAGAGUGCGGCAAGGCCUCCCAACGAUGCGGACCCCCGGCACGAGGGUCUCACGGUCUUGGUGGGCGAUUCCUUCAAAGACCUCGUGCUGGAGUCUAAGGAGCACGUCUUCGUGCUCAUUUAUGCGCCCUGGUGCGAAGCCUGCCAGGAGGUCAAGCCACACUGGAGAAAGCUGGCGAAGAUGCUGAAGGGGUCAAGCAACAUCCGGAUUGCUAUGAUGGACUCCGACGAGAACGAUGUGCCCAACCGCUUCUUCCCAGAGUCCUUCAUACCGAACGUCAAAUGGCCUUGUCACCGGCGAUGGUGGCGUUGGCUACAUUGGCUUCCGGCCGCCCUGAUUGUGCACUUCGCAAAGGACUUCGGAGGCUUCUCAGUGCCUGGCGGCCACGGCCAGGGGCAGAAACGACUGGUAGAUCUGGGCGUUCCGACGAGCGAGGCGGCCGGAGUGGCUGCUUUGGCCGAGGCAGUAGCGGCGGAAGGCCCAGAGCCGCUCGCAGACCCACUCACGCUGCUCCGGUUCUACAGGGCCCGCGGACGCGAUGUGGAAGCAGCCGCUGGCAUGUACAAUACCACCCUGGCAUGGCGUUCCAGUUUCUCUAUCCCGCUAGUGAUGGAUGCUUACGGCGAGCCCGGACAUUACAAGGCGGACUCCGGCCGUGCCACAGACCCUGCCACUUGGACCUGGGUGUGCGCUCCGCGCACCCCUCAGGCUCAGCUGGCCAUGCGCCAUGCAUUCUUCGGUCGUAUCUGCACACAUAUGGCAGACGAGCCCAUCUUGGUAUGGCGGGCUGGCAGCGCAGACUACAAGGGGAUAGUGCGAGAAGACAUGGUCGAUCUAAUGAUCCAAGCCUUCGUCGUUCACCUGGAGGAUGCGCUGCAAGCUUCACGGGCAGCAUCCUUAAGAAAAGGCGAGCUGGUUCGUGCACGUCUCAUCAUAGACUGCGAUGGCUUUGGCUUCGACAAUGCACGGUAUAUUCCGAUCCUGCGGAGGAUCAUCAGCCUGGGCAAAUCCUACUUCCCCGAGGUGACUGCCUCUGUCACGGUGGUGCGUGCGCCUGCCUUCCUUGCCACCUUCUACGGACUGAUCAGGCCCUUCUUGCCUAAACUGCUGCAAGACAAGGUAUGCAUACUGGGCAAAGAUUUCGCUUCAGGCUUGCAAAAGCACACUGGGCUGGAUGUAGCAAUGCUGCCGCUUUUUCUCGAUGGGAGCCAGACUGAAACUGGGAUGGCCGAAGCUCUUCCCGUGCCUACGGAUGCCUGGAGUUCUGCCUCUUCGUCUUGA